GUGAAAUACACGGAUACUCAUCGGUAAAGAUAUUGAUCACCCAAAAUGUCUUUGCUUAGGUCUACAAGACACAUUCUUUUGACCAGGAAUGUUCGUGCAACUCCCUGGAGACGCAUGGCGGGCAUUCCGUUUCAGAACGACUUGACGCCAAUGGACGACGACCUCUUUGGCUUGCUGGACUUUAAGCACUACAAACCAGUAGACGAAGGGCACUCAGAGGUUGAUACAGUUUUUCACGAUCCAGAGUCCCUAUCCGAUGUCUUACCCGUGGGAGGUGAUGUUUUAACUUCUGUGGACGACAAUAUCUUGACCUCUGUGGACGACGACUUUGGCUUGUCUGCCUUCAGUUUCUAUACUCCCGCUGCUGGGGUUAUCAACGAAAAAGGAAUGCACUCCGAGUACCCUCAGAUGGCUGCAUUACCAGAUGAAGGCUCAGCUCUACACAUUUCGCCACAAAAGGAGAGCAUGUCUCUUCCCCAGCUAGAAGCGACCUGUAAGGCGGAAGAGCCAGUUGCCUUCAUCUCCCGCAUGUCAGAUCCUUACGUGAACCUCGCUUUGGAAGACUACAUCUACAACAACAUGCCGCUCAAACCGUCCCUGAAAACACCCGGAAUCACCAACUGCAACAGACUUUUGUUCUACACCAACACUCCGUGUGUGGUUAUCGGUAAGAACCAGAACCCGUACAAGGAAGCCAACCUCCCGCUCCUCAGGUCGUUGGGGAUCCCUUUUGUGAGACGCAAGAGUGGCGGCGGCACCGUGGUGCACGAUCAAGGAAACGUAAACUACUCGUUUAUGACCACCAAGGAACAGUUUGACAGACACCAGUUUGGCUCGGUGAUCGUAAAGGAGGUGAAUGUUGCCAAGGGGGAAGGGGCGCCAAAAUUUCCCGUUAAGUUGAAUGCAAGAGGUGACAUUGUUAAUGCCGUCUCGGGCGAGAAAAUCAGUGGCAGUGCCUACAAGCUAUCCAAGGGCAGGUCGUACCACCAUGGGACGAUGCUUCUUGAGUCAAACUUGGACGUCUUGAGACAGCUUCUCCGCCGUGACCCGGCGCAGUUGGGAGUAGUAAAGUCCGCCAGUGUGGAUUCUGUGAGCUCUCCCGUGAUGAACUUGGGCAUGGAUGCUGACUUGUUUAUUGAUCAGGUCAUCUACGGGUUCCAACAGGAGUACGGUCCUGCCCAGGUUGUGGAGAUUGUGUCUGAGGAGCAACUACCACCCAAGGUAUUGGAAGAGGCCCAGAAUCUCAAGUCCUGGGAGUGGAAAUUCGGCAGCUCGCCAAAGUUUACCCACACUUUUACCAAUACAACCCAUAGUUUUGACAUUACGUUUGAAGUCUCCAGGGGCUACCUCGAUGCGUUCCACGUCACGCCACACGGUGGUGUCACGAUUAAGGAAAUGGAUAUGUGGUUCAAGUACUUGAAACAGGUGGUGGGAGAUGACGCCAAGCAACUCAGAUACGGGGGCAGCGAAGUCGCGGGGUACAUUUUGGAGGAUACCGUCAGCGACUGGAUCGGUUUAUCGAUUGACGGGACCUUGUAAUAGAAUAAGCGCGUGAUUGCGGAGAAAUGCAGAGGCAAUGGCCUGACCUAAACAUGUGGAAUCUACCUGAAACUUUAAGGAACUUUGAAUAUAAUGCAACGCAAAAAUAGAUUCAGUUUUAUACGG